AUGUCAAGUGAUUAUGUCAUGCAUUUCGAGUCGGGCCAAGCCCGAGCCCGUCAUUUUGAUGGAUCCAAUAUAAUCUUUCAUUCACUCUAUCUAACCACAAAAUUCGUUUCAUCCAUCCAGACGCUCCACCUUUCUCUACAAACCCUAACCCUAACCUUCAUUUCAUCCAUCGAUCCUCCACCGCUCCUCCAUCGAACCGGUCGUCGCCAUCACCGUCUUCUCCCCUUCUCCACUCCAACAGUCGCUUCAUGGCUUCUUUCCCGGUGGCUUCAAGAUCCGACACUAUCUCAGCAGAUUCGACACCAGAUCCGACACCAGAUCGAUUUCUAUGGCUUCUUUCCCGGUGGCUACUGUAGGGUACCUUUCUUGUUACCAUAUCUUUUUUUUUUUUUUUUGUUAUUUGAAUCUAAUCUGGGUAAUGUUUCAGAUCUUCCUUUUGAUUGUGGGUUUGUCAAUGAUGGUGCUUGUGGGUGGAAGAUCUGGCAAGAUCUAUGGUUUAUUUGUAGUAGAUUUCUCUCUAGAAUAGCACAACAAGCACUCUGUUCUUUGGUUUCGAACAGUGCGAGGUUAUGGCGUCUGCAAAUGCUGAGCUGGAGCGACUGCUUAAGGAGACAGGGAAACAGUUAUCGCUUCCUCAUGAUUAUUGGUACAUCAUACAUGGGGUCGACUGGUCGAGCAACUAUUUCUAGCGGCACUUCAACAGUUAUCAUCUUGCAGGUGUCUAUAAAGCUUAUGAUUUAAGAGAUGAGGGUUCCGACUACUUAGGAAAAGUUGUCUCCAAGGUGAGAACUAAUAGUCUGGGUUAGUGAGGCUAACUGCCUUUGCAGGCCAGAUCAGUCCCUUUCGUUUUCUAUAUCACUUUUGCGAUU